UUGAAAAGACCAGCACUUCUCUCGCCCUCUUCUGCUUGAUUUAUGGGAAAAGCUGCUUCUUUGAUGGAGAGGAAGCCCCACUUCUUCAAAGUCCUGCUUGGAGACUUCUCUCAGAGGCUGGGAAUUCCAGUGCAGUUUCUGAAGCAUAUAUCAACUGCAACAUCAAAAAGAGUUACCUUACAGGGUCCCAGUGGAAGAUGUUGGAAUGCAGAACUGGGCAAAAGCAGCAAAGGCACAUUCCUCUGCGGAGGGUGGGCAGAAUUUGCCGAGGACCAUGCACUCAGAGAGUAUGAGUUUUUGGUUUUCCAAUAUGAUGGGGAUUUUAUUUUUACUGUGAAAAUUUUCGGUGUGAAUGCAUGUGAGAGAGAGGAUUUAUUUACAGUAAUUCAGAGAAAAAGGCGGAAGUUAUAUGAGGUGAAAGAUAAAUCGAGACAACAUGUGGAAAGCUCAUUGGAUGUUGGCCGUGUUCUUCGGUCUCAAGUAAUAAAAAAAGUGGUACAUAAUGACGAUGUUUCUAUGCUGGGUCCUGAUGCUGACGGAGGAAAUUGUUUGGAACGUUCGGAAACUUUGAAGGAUGUCAAAAUCAAAUCAGAAUGUGAUGACCUCCCAAUUGGGAUAAUUCCUUCACCAAAAAAAGUCUAUAAAAGGAGUUGCUUUCAGAAAAGAAAGCUUGUGAUUCACGAAGAAAGAUCACAAGCACCGGAAACUGCCAACUCUUUCACAUCAAAAUUCCCUUUUGCAACAGUGAAGCUUUGUCGAUCUCAUAUCACACAGCCAUAUGUUAUGAGGCUGCCCUAUGCAUUUUCUCGCACACAUCUCCCUCGAAAGAAGUUAGUUUUGAUUAUGAAAGAUCCAAAUAUGAAGUCAUCGGAGGUCACUUACAUUCCACAAAAGGGAGAUGCUGAUUUCCUAUCAGCAGGUUGGCACAAUUUUUUCCGUGGCAAUGGCCUCAAGUUAGGUGACGUCUGUGUGUUUGAGCUUGUGAAACCACGUCAGCUUAAUGUUCACAUCUUCAGAUGAUCAAGAGCUCCAAAAUGUGGGUGAUACUAGUAUUCCUUCCUAAAAAAAAAAAAAGAAGCUGUGUUUGUGUUCAACUUUGUUUUGGCAUCAGAAAGAUCACUGUUAGUGUUCAACUUCGUUUUGUUUGUAGCAGUUGCACUUUGGCCUUUGUUUUGGUUGCAAGAUGGAAAUGGUUCAGUUUUAGAAGUUUUUCAUGUGUGUAUAUCAUCAUGGUGAUCAAGAUCUACUUAAUGCUAUUAAUGUUGUUGCU